AUCAGUAUUUCCCAGGUGAGCCACGCAGGUGUUAAGCGUCAGGUGAGAAGCCAUGUGUGACAAGGUGGAGGUGAAUUUAACCGGAGUGAGACAGAGCCAAGGCGUGUGGCUGGUUAAGGUUCCCAAGUAUUUAUCUCAGCAAUGGGACAAAGCUACUGAAAAGGGGGACGUUGGGAAGAUCACCAUCAGGAAGAAACAAGGUAAAACAGAGGUGAGCUUCAGCCUGAAAGAGGAGCUUGCUGCUGUGGGAGCUGUGGGGGAGAAGGAUGCAGGAUCGCUGCAGGUCCCAAAGGAGUAUCCCUUCACGAUGCACACAGUGGGUGGACAGACCCUGGGUGUCUUCAGCCAGAGCGAAGCAGAUGGAAUCAGUCUGGAGGGGAUGGUGGUGCACAGAGCUGAAUGUCGACCUGUCGUCUCUGAUAACUACAUGAAGAUUAAAAGGCUGCAGAUCGAGUCCGUCAAGCCUCAGCGUUUUUCCCAGCAGCUGGACAAGGCUGUCACCACCACCUUCAAGCCUGUAGCGAACCACGACUUCAAUGUGGAGUACAAGAAAAAGAAGAAGUCCGAGGGGAAGAUGGUGAGGGCUGAGCGGCAGGUGGUGUUGGACAUGCUCUUCGCUGCCUUUGAGAAGCACCAGUAUUACAGCUUCAAGGAGCUGGUGGACAUCACCAAACAGCCCGUGACCUACCUAAAGGAAAUCGUGAGGGAAAUCGGGACAUGCAAUCGCAAGGGAGCGCACAAAAGCACCUGGGAACUGAAGCCAGAGUAUCGACUCCAUCAUUCUGGUGAGGAAGAGGAGGAGAAGCAGAACACCUAGAGCCAUUGAUGGUUCUGCGAGGCUCAUCAAAUGUGACAGAAAAUAAACUGACACUUAAUCCUUUUUGUUAGAAUUUGUUUUAUGUUGAUAUUUUACUAGAUUCAAGCAUUAUGUUUCAUGAUAGAGUUCAGGUAUCCUGAGUUAUUUGGUGUCUGUGAAAAUUAUUAAAAAAAGCUGGCAAAUCUGAAGUCAUUUUGGCUGGAUCUGUUGGAAAACAGUAGUUGGAAAAUGUUCUGUCUUUUUUGGGCUAUUAUUUUCCUGCAGUAGGCACUUCUCAGGGAACAAAAACAUAAGUGGAACUAACAACAACAACAGCAGCAGCAGCAGUAGUUCUGUUCCAGAGGGUUCUCCAAAGCUGUGUUGCAAUUAAUCAGACAAAAUAGUCACACUUCACAACUGCAGAGCUGAAGAAAACAAUGAUUCAAGCGCCAAGUGGCUUCAGUCAUGGUUCAACUCUACCACUGUUACUAUGGCAACAGCCUUAAACUACAUCUUCAUUAAACCACACAGGGCUGAGGUGUGUGUGUGUGUGUGUAGUCAGUGGGUGUCCAGUUGUCAAAUGGCAAACGCCUGAUUAGGAUGAGAUCAAAGUCGAGUUCAGCCUCUCUCCUGAUUUACCCUCAUAAUUAGCCUUAAUAUUAGGAGACGAUAAGUCCCACAUGUACACAGUGAUGGUUUAGUGAGACAACAGUUAAAUCUCAAAUGAACUAAACCACUGCUGCCUCUUGUAUGAGCUGAAUACCCACAAGUUCUCAACAGAAAACACAUGACAGGUACUAUGGUGUGAUGUAUUUUCACAACCCACAUGUUUCUUUACCGUUUCAUUAACUUAUGUCGAGGCGUACAAUUACACAUCACCCCCCUCAUCCUCUAAAACAGAGAAACACAUGGAGACAAGAUGGAAAAAAUAUUGGUGGUUCAUAUCGGCCCGAUUUUAUUUAUCGGACUGAUACCGAUAUGUAAAUAAAAGACUAACACCGGCCGAUACCGAUAUUGAUGCUGAUAUAUUGUCCAUCCCUACUUGAAACAGCCCUGAGCGUGGGAUGGUUUCAAGGUGAUCUGAAUUGUGUCAAAUAUAUAAAUAUUAGAUGCUUACAAAUUGUUUUAAAAGGUAACGAAUCUACUUGCAUUUUGUUUUUCAAGAGCUUUCAUUUCCUUUUUUACUUGAUUAUUUUCCUGUCUGUCUCUCUUCUUCCUGCAUCUCCUCUCAACUUUCAUCCACACCACCUCGUUUAAAAAAAUACUCUGUCCACACGUACCCGGAUAAAUACGUUGUUAAGGACAUGCCAGACCUGUAGGCGGCAGUACGUCCCCCGUUCUUAACCUCGUCCUUCGUCUGUGGUCUUCCGCAAGGAGCAGUAAUUCUGCUUGCAAAAACAAACAAGCUAAAAGCGCUUGGAAUAUUGAUAAAGCGAGCGCAGCUCUGAGGGCAUCCAUGAUGUCGGCUAGUGUAAACACAGGUCGCACACGUGAUGUCAGCAUGUUUUUGUCGCGGAAAGUGACGUUGCAGACCUUAAAACUCCGGUUUUGUCUGUCCACACGCAGACACCCAAAACGGAGAAAACGCAGAUCUUCACUUUGGCCGGAGUUUUUAAAAAGAUCCGUUUUCGUUUGGAUGACAGGCCAAAACGUAGAAAAAUAUCUACGUUUUGGCAGAUCCCCGGCUACGUGUGGACAGGGCCUUCGUCCUCCAGAAAAACUGCUGCCUGGCUAUCUACUUUUUCACCUCAUGAGUUACAUUUGAACUAAACUAGAUCAAAGGCAUCUACUGACUGAUGGGUAGAAACAGGAGGAGAUUUUUGGGCUCGCCCUGUGUACGUUGAGGGCUUCAGGGGAGCCUGACAACAUUUCAGGAGAAAUUAAUAUUAGGAAUACUCCAAACAACUCAAAUGAUGAGGGGGCAACCUUGUCGAUUUUCAAGAAACCCCUGAAGCCCAGCUCAUCAAAGAGCAUCUUCUAAUGGUAUUUUAGGUUUUGUUUGAAAAUAAGUCCAGGACUACAAAUGCUCUCACGAAAGUGACGUCAUCGAACCCGACACGGAGAAAACUGAGGAAAAAGGGCUGUAAAUUCAGCAAACUUCCCACAGUAGGAGAGAACCACCAUAAAUGUGGUCAUUUGGUAAGUAGCAGCUACGCUAGGGGAGAGGAGAUUAUGUGGUGAUGUCACAAAUGCGACGUGCCAAUUUCUGGUGUGUAGUCCUGCUAAUUACGAACUUUGACAAGCUGAUAAAUCUCAAAGUACGUGACUGGCGUGGUCAAAACACCCAUCAUUAGUUUUCAUUUAAAUUGCAGUACAACAUAUGUGCGAUCCAGGGCGUUAGGCAAAGCGGAUUAGAAAAUAACGUUUUUGGCCCCGUUGACUUGCUUUCAUUUUUUCAUUCUUCCGGGGACCCAUGGUGCAGAAGUGACUUAUGGGCCAUUCCCAUCUGUACCGGGUCGGCCCGGGCCGGGUAGCGUAGGUUGUUUACAUAUCUGGGUGGCCUGGUAUUUUUCCGGGCCAACCAAGGCUCAUUCUCAGCCCUCUUCUCGAGGGGGUCUGCUUCAGGCCGACCAGGGCCAACACACCCACUGCUGACAGCAAAUUCACACCUUCCAUUAGAGCAAGCCUCUGAUUGGUGGGUAGAAUCAGCCCACAUGGGCUUAAGACAAGGAUGUGUGGAAUGAACCGGGCCAGGCUGGGGCCGACUGGGGCUACCUGGCCCGGGCCGACCCGGUACAGAUGGGAAUGGCCCAUUAGGUUCCCUAUAGCAUGUGUCAUGAAAAACCAUGAAAAAGUGAUGGUUACAAAUAAUAGAGGGCGAUGGUGUCCUGCUGCCUGCAGAUAAAUGGAAGUGAUGCCACCAACAUCUGCAGUUGCUCUGACAAAGGUAGCAGCGGACACCGAAACAUGCCAGCAAACGUAGCUUUAUUGUGUGAUGAAGAACCACAAAAAAAAUAAAUAAAUACCGGCCAACACUUUUAGAAAGCUUUACUAUACCUUGUGUCAUGAAAAGGUGAUAAAAUAUUCGUACUAUAGCACGGGUCAUGAAAAUUAGUACAAAUGCAGGUGUCAUGUAUUUGAGUAAAAAAAAAGUCACUAAUAUAUUUUCAUGACACGAGCUAUAGUAUAACCUUGUAAAACCUCUAAUUUCCUCAAACUCAACGGCAAUAAAACUGAACUUCUUCUUGUUGGCACUAACUCCACCCUCUCAACAUCUGACAGCUUUUCUUUAACUAUUGACAGCGCCACAGUCUCCCCCUCACCUCACGUCAAGAGUCUGGGUGUCAUUCUCGACAGCUCACUUUCUUUUCAGGCUCAUAUUAAUAACUUAAUUCGGUCAGCAUACUUCCAUCUACGUUCCAUUAACCGUCUCCGUCCCUCACUGACCCCUCACACUGCCGCCAUUCUCGUCCACAGCCUCGUCACCUCCCGUAUCGACUAUUGCAAUUCACUUCUUUAUGGUCUUCCCAACAACUCCUUCAUAAACUGCAACUGGUCCAGAAUUCAGCAGCCCGUAUUAUCACCAGAACCCCUUCCUUUCACCACAUCACGCCGGUUCUCCAGCAGCUUCACUGGCUCCCAGUGAAAUUCAGGUCCAUCUUCAAAAUUCUCCUCCAUACCUUCAAAGCAAUCCACAACCUCUCUCCUCCAUAUAUCUCAGACCUUAUAAGUAUUCACACCCCGUCCCGUUCACUCAGAUCUUCUUCUUCCAUCCAUCUUGUGGUUCCUUCUGCCCGUCUCGCUACCAUGGGAGCAGAGCUUUCAGCCGCUCUGCUCCCCGUCUCUGGAACUCACUUCCCCCAGACAUCAGGAACAUCGACAUUUUUUCCCUUUUCAAAACAAAACUCAAAACACAUAUGUUUAAAUCUGCCUACAACCUCUGAUUUUAUUGAAAUGUUUCUCUCUGUUUUUUCUUCUUUGGGUUUUAUUAUUGUUUUAUUGUAUUUUAUUACGUGUUUUGUGUAAAGUGACCUUGGGUGUCCUGAAAGGCGCUUUUAAAUAAAAUGUAUUAUUAUUAUUAUUAUAAAACAAUUUCCAUGGAAAAACAAUUCUCAUUUCAGUUUACAAAUAUUUUCCAUGUUUGUAAUAAUAUAACCUAAUCUUAUUUUAAUUUACAAUUCAAUAUGACAAGUAAACAAGUUUCUAAUGACGUUUUUUUUUCCAGCUCUGAUUUUUCUGUGUAAACUCGGUUUUGGAUGAGAUGCAAUAAGAUUUGUUCUAUCUGUAAUAAACGCCUUUGCCACUAGAUGCCAGUGUUUCCUUUCUCAGAAUUUUUCAUUUUCUUUAGAUCCAUCUGCUUUGAAAGAAUUUUUAUAUUUUUCAGUCAUUAGAUAAAAAUUUAAAUGUGCUUGAAAGUUAUUCUUACUGAGAAAUGAACAUCGGUUGCUUUUUAUUUAAAUGCAUGUAUGGUUUUCUCAAGUUUUGGUUCAGAUACUGUUUGCAGCUUUUUGAGUCUGAAUUUUUCUCCUUUUGUUUGUUUCAAAUAAAAAUCUUGCAGCGA